CGAUAAAAGUUAAAGCAAGAAAGAGGAUAAGAUGGUUACAAUAAAUGCAGUUGUCGUCCUGAGUGUGAUCGCUUUGAUUGCGCUAUCCUGUAGCGAUCCUGUUUACCCUAAUUAUCGUGAUCACGAAAAUGACGAAGACGCCGAUAGAGCAUUAGAAGUAAACGAAGCCGGUGACGACAACGAAUCGGAAACACAACGUAAAGAUAGCGAUGAAGAUAUAUUAGAUCAACAAAUCAACGACGGAAUUAAUCUUAAAGCGUCCAUCGAUUCGGAGGAUAUAAAUAAUGAUCGUGAUUAUAUCGUUGCUGAUGAGUCUAAUCCGAAGGCUACACAUGAUCAGAGCAUUCAUAGAUUCAUCAAUAAGAUUUUAUGGGGAGCAUCUUCAUCUAGAGAAAACAAAAAUUAUCGACCACUUUCUCGACGACGCCAUUGGUGGGUAUUAGGCAAAAAAUAGAAAGCAUUAUGAUUGUAAGCCAUUUUAAGCUGGGAAUGAUUAGGCCUAUGAAUACUCAACCCGUCCUGAUCUGGGCAAAUUUUAUCAGAUCAUGCCUGCUCG